CGCCAUGACCGAUUGUUGCGGACGUCCAAGCGGUACGGUACACGGUUUAUUAUCACAGCGCCGUUGGUAAUUGUGCGUCGUUACGUAUUUCUCCUCUGCUCGUCGACCAACCGUUUUUAUUCCCGCCACCGUCAAGCAUUCCCGUUGCCCUACUCAACGCAUGUCCCCGUACGUUUCGUUUUCGUUAAUCUUUUUCUAAGGCGCCCACGUUUGUAAAUUCAUAUUCUACAUCGUUUGAGUUUUGACCAAUCGCGACGACGACGACGACGACGACAAACAGGACGGCGGUGGCGGCAAAUACCAUUAUCGAUACUGUCGACGGCUGAUCCGUGACACGGCCGAAAGACAAUUGCAAUUUUACUUCUAACCGGAUCAUUGCCAUGUCUAACAAUCGCCGUAGCCGACAAAGAAAUGAACAGGAUGUUUCCACCCAUAAAGGUGUUGCCAAUAAUGAAUAUGAAAUUGAAAACAUUUUAUUUGAUGAAACAUUUGGAAACAAAAAGAUGUAUCUUGUCAAAUGGAAAUAUUAUCCCAUGGACCAAUGUACUUGGGAGCCUUAUCGUAAUUUAACUAAUUGUCAAGAACUACUGACCGCUUACAGAGCCAACAAAAUAGUGUCUUCGGACAUUUAUAAAACUGAUGCAUAUACUAAGUUAUAUAGCGAACUUAAUGAUUUUGCUGAUCAAGAGCUACUUGAGUCAUUGCACCAUGUAGUUGACGAAGGUAUUCCUAUCAUAGAAAAGCACUUUAUUUUAGGUACUAUUGCUUAUUUGUCAACAUUAGCUCCAAACAAUAGAAGUCAAGAAUUAGUUAAUCUUAUUAGACAUAAUUUGUUGCUCAUUGAGGUUAAGCGAAAAAGACGAAGGCAGAUGGAAAAAUUAGAAAGAUGGCAAAAAAGUAUGCAAUCGAUUUCUGGAUUAAAUAUAUCUGUCGUUAACAAUGUUGACUAUGAAGGACCACCAAAAAAAUUUAUUUAUGUUAAUGAAUGUGUUGCUGGAACCGGAGUAGUUAUCCCAAAUGAUCCACCCAUUUGGUGCCAUUGUAAGGAACAUUGUGGAAAAAACCGUGACCGUAAAAACUGUCACAUAAGUGAUUUCCAACUACCUUACAACAAGUAUAAACGAUUAGUAGUUCCUCGUGGCACUCCAAUUUAUGAGUGCAAUAGAAAAUGUAAAUGUGAUAGUAGUUGUUCUAAUAGAGUGAUUCAACUAGGUCCGCAGAGCAGUUUAAAACUUCAAAUUUUUCGUACUGACAAUAAUCGUGGGUGGGGUGUAAAAACACUGGUACCUAUUAAACAAGGAACAUAUGUUACUAAAUAUACUGGUGAAGUUAUAACACGACAGGAAGCUGAUUCAAGAGCUAUAACUCAUGGAUCAAAAUCAACAUAUUUGUUUGAUCUUGAUUAUAAUACAGAGAAAAAUGAUUGUGUGUAUUCUGUAGAUGCUACUAUGUUUGGCAAUGUAUCACAUUUUAUCAAUCAUUCAUGUGAUGCUAAUUUGACCAUAUAUGCUGCGUGGAUCGACUGUUUGGAUCCAGACAUUCCAACACUUGCUUUAUUUGCAUCAAGAAACAUUGAAAUCGGAGAAGAAAUAACGUUCAACUAUAUGACUUCAGUAACAAAUGGUAGCCGCAGAAUUAGAUGUAAAUGUCAAUCUGAUAAUUGCCAAGGUUACUUAUGUUAGCAAAAAUGGCCUAAUUUAUUAUUAAGGAUUUUAUGAGUUAACAUUUUAUUGUUAACCAUAAUUAUUUUAUAUUAUAAUUUAUAGUUAUUAUUUAUAAAUACUUCAUUGUAAGCUAUUAAUAUGUGCAAAGAAAAUUACCUUUAUUUUAAUUGGUAUGUAUGAGGGUUUUCAAUGUUAUGAGGUAUAAACAAUUUUUUUCUGUAAUUAUAUAAUUAAAAAUAUAUUCUAAAAUUAAGUUUGAAUAAUGUUUAAUAGUAGGUACAAGGUAGAAGAAAUCAGCUACUAACUAGUAUGAAACUCAAUAAUUUAUUAUCUAAAUUUAUAAUCAAUGAUGGAGUUUCAUAAAUACUUUUUACAUUUAUGAAUUUUGU